AACUGACUGUCACCCCAUAACAACCUGCCACGUGUCAGGGUGUUGGCAAGGGGCUCUCAGUGCCCUCAAUAGGGGUGCAGACACCUAUGGGUGGGCACAGGGCCGGGGUAGGACUGAGCCCCAAUGUGCCACAUGGACAGGGAUGAGCCUGGGGACCCCCUGUGCCAGCCCAGCACUGUGGCACAUGUGCUGCCAGGGUACGGGACUGGAACCCCUGUACCACCUGGUGAUGGGAGGGGUGACUCCCCCCACGUCCCUGUCGCCAUCACAGCAGGGCUAUGGGUGCCUCACAUCCCCCCUAUCCCUGUGGCAGCGGGAUGCCACGUGUGCUGUGCCCAUAGGAUGGACCCUGUCCGUCCCCCCCCCAGGGACACUCUGGCCAAGGGGCACUUGUUCACCCAUGACGGCCACUGGCAGCAUCGAGACACACCACCGCUGCCUGCCCGCAGCCCGCAGGACCCGCAGCUUCAGUCUCCCUGGCAGGGCAAUGCGGAUCCUGACCUGCCCGGCACAUCUGCGGCGCCUGGAGGCCGCCCUGCGCAGCACCAUGCCACGAUCCCUGCCGGUGUACGGGGCCGUGCUGAACAUCAACCGCGGCAACCCCGGCGACUUCGAGGUGGCGGUGGAUGCCUGGCCCGACGUCGGCGCUGUGCUGGCGCGGCGCAGAGGAGAGGCACCGCUCAAUGACAGCUACAGGAACCUGAACAGCGCCUUCUACUGGGACCUGGGCGCCUACCGGGCCCUGCUGGAGAGCCCGGGCUGCCUGCGCUGGGACUCCGCGUUCCACAUCUUCGGGCUGCAGGAUGGCGUGCUGACCGUGUCCCAGGACAUCGCUUUGGCCAAGGGCGUGGAGCUGGAGGUGACCGAGUACUACACGUACCUGCACCCCGACCCCAGCACUCUACCGGAGCCACAGCUGGACCCCGACAUGCAGCUGGGCACACUGAACCCGGCACACGUGGAGUUGCUGGACUCGACGUGGCCGUACGGGGGAAACGAGUGGAGCCGGCGCUACCUGGGGGAGCUGCUGCUCCGGUUCCCGUACCUGUGCCUGCAGGACCUGGCCGGGGAUCUGCUGUGCUGGGUGCUGAGCGACGGCUUCGCAGCGGGAGCGCACGGUUACACGGUGCCGGCCCAGCGGCGCCGCGGGUUGAUGCGGGCGCUGACGAUCAUGGCCGCCCGGCGGUCGCACGGCCGCGGCUUCCCGGUGUACGGUCACACGGCCACGGGGAACCGGGGCAUGCAGCGGCUGCAGGAGGAGCUGGGGCACCGGCGGCUGCCGGGGCUGUGCCGCUUCGUGCUGCACAACCCUGCACUGGCGCGGGCUGCGCCCUGAGCGCACCGGGGAGAAACGUGUCAAUAAAAGCAAACGAAGCGAAAAUGAA